AUGUCCAAAGUGAUAACCAGAGCACAGUUUGUGAACUCGGUCGAGACAUUUAAGCAGGCGUAUGAGAGCCCCUACUUUGGCCGAAAUAGCGCGAAAAUCCCCUUUUCGCAGGAGAUCAACCGCCAGAUUUUCGAGAAGCUUGAUCUGAAAAACCAGUACAAAAACCCAUCAGAAAAACUGCACAUAAUCGAUUACAACACUGGGUUCAAUAGCUUUGUCUACGACCUAAACCAUUAUCUCCGCCCCCGCUUUCAUCUUCUUAUCCCUAACAGCGCGACAACCCACAAGUUUUGGAAAAGGCUCCAGGACAUGGAUCCUCUGUGCCGGAAUUUCUACCUAUUUGAAGAGGACCCACGAUCCCUUAGACACUAUAACUCCGAAGAGCUCAUCAGUAAUGGGAAAAUUGUGCUUGAUAAACAGCCAGCCGAGAAAGUGAACCAAACACUGCUCAUCACCGGCUCCUACAUCGCCACGUCUGACAAGUCAAAAGUGAGAAGCAUGCUCUAUUUCAACCAAAUGCGUCUCGCUUGGUAUAAGUACCAAAAAGUGAAGUCGCUUUUCUGGCUGCGUCCAGCAGAUGCUCUGAAAUACCUCGGACUCAUGGGCACGAGGUUCAGACAAACCAACUCUGUGGUUGCAACCGCUUUCAACGACGUGAAUGUCAUUGCAUACAGCAACCACGAAAAGCAGAGAAGCGUGACCAGAUGUAUGGGGCAAUUCCCGGACGCGAUCAAGCUGCCUAAGGUGCCUAUGAACGAAGACUUGAUGCUGGUUGAGUUCCAAUCGAAUCACGAAAAAUACUCAAUUGAGCACAUGUCCGAGUUCACGCUGGUUUUGCACAAGCUAUUCAUGAUACCAAGUUACAAGGUGAUCCAGAACCUGCAUUUUCUCGGGCCCGGAGCAGAUGAAUACUUCAAACAGCUACUUCCGGCGUCGGUUCUUGAAUGCAGAAUUUGCGAUCUCCCGAUAGAGGAACUUGUCAACAUUUCCGAUUUGUACUUCCGCUGGCCGUUCAAGCCCAUCACCGACCUCGAAAUUUACCUGGAGGCAGACAAAGAUCACAAUUAA